AUGGGAAUGGAGGAGAAGGGGGGGGGGGGGGGGGGGGCGGGGGCGGGCGGGGUAGGGGCUGUGCAUGGCGCGUGCAGAGGGCAGCAGGGCGCACGGGGCGCACAGGGCAGCAGGGCAGCAGGGCAGCAGGGCGCGCGGGGCGCACAGGGCUGCAGGGCGCGCGGGGCGCACAGGGCAGCAGGGCAGCAGGGCGCACAGGGCUGCAGGGCAGCAGGGCGCGCGGGGCGAACAGGGCAGCAGGGCGCACAGGGCUGCAGGGCAGCAGGGCGCACGGGGCGCGCAGGGCUGCAGGGCGCGCAGGGCUGCAGGGCAGCAGGACAGCAGGGCGCGCGGGGCGCGCAGGGCCGCAGGGCGCGCGGGGCGCACAGGGCAGCAGGGCAGCAGGGCGCACAGGGCUGCAGGGCAGCAGGGCGCGUGGGGCGCGCAGGGCUGCAGGGCGCGCAGGGCAGCAGGACAGCAGGGCACGCGGGGCGCGCAGGGCUGCAGGGCGCGCGGGGCGCACAGGGCAGCAGGGCAGCAGGGCGCACAGGGCUGCAGGGCAGCAGGGCGCAAGGGCUGCAGGGCAGCAGGGCGCGCGGGGCGCGCAGGGCGCGCAGGGCAGCAGGGCAGCAGGGCGCACGGGGCGCACAGGGCAGCAGGGCAGCAGGGCAGCAGGGCGCACAGGGCUGCAGGGCAGCAGGGCGCGCGGGGCACGCAGGGCUGCAGGGCGCGCAGGGCAGCAGGACAGCAGGGCGCGCAGGGCUGCAGGGCGCGCGGGGCGCACAGGGCAGCAGGGCAGCAGGGCGCGCGGGGCGCAGCAGGGCUGCAGGGCGUGCAGGGCACACAGGGCAGCAGGGCAGCAGGGCGCACAGGGCUGCAGGGCAGCAGGGCGCACAGGGCUGCAGGGCAGCAGGGCGCGCGGGGCGCACAGGGCUGCAGUUCCUCUCCCCCCCACUGCUGCACCCGCAGCAGGGGGAUGGAGGAGAAGGGGGGGGGGGGGAUGAAAGAGAAGGGGGGGUACGGGGGGGGCUGGUGCUGCAGAUGCCCUCCCCCCCACUGCUGCUCCACAACCCUUCACCCCCCAGGGAUGGAGGAGAAAGGGGGGGCGGGGGGGCUGGGGCGACGGGGCCAAGGGGCCGAGGCGACGGGGCGACGGGCCUAGAGUCGCGAGGGGCCGCAGGUGGGGGCGACGGGGCCUAG